AUGAGACUCCAUUGCUGUUCUCUCGCCGUCCUCCUGCUCCCUCUCCUUCUCGCCUCAGCCACCGAUUUCGAUUUCUUCUACCAUGUCCAGCAGUGGCCCGGCUCGUUCUGCGACACGACGGGCGGCUGCUGCUUCCCGGGCAACGUGAAGCCGGCGGCGGACUUUGGCAUCCACGGCCUGUGGCCCAACUACGCCGCGUGCCGCCCCGCCGGCGAUACCAACAGGACCAGGUGCUGGCCGGACUUCUGCAACGCCGGCGACACCUUCAACCCGUCGCUGAUCAGCGACCUGAGGAGCGACAUGGACCGGAACUGGGGGACGCUGUCGUGCAGGAGCAACGACAGCACGGCCUUCUGGAGCCACGAGUGGAGCAGGCACGGCACCUGCUCCAACAUGGACCAGCACGCCUACUUCCUCGCGGCGCUCCGGUACAAGGCCCGCUUCAACCUCACCCGCAUCCUCCUCGACGCCGGGAUCGCGCCGUCGGAGGAGAGGACGUACUGCGUGGGCAGCAUCCGGGACGCCAUCGGGGAGGCGACGGGGUCGGCGCCUGGCAUCGAGUGCAACCGGAACGCGCGCAACGAGACGCAGCUGUACCAGGUGUACCAGUGCGUCGACCUCGCCGGCACCGGCCCCGUCCCCUGCCCGGCGGUGCCGAUGCAGAGCCGCUGCACCGACCAGGUCAAGUUCCCCGCGUUCUAGCUGGAGCCCAGGGCAUGUGACGCGGUAACCUUUCAAUGCCGGCCGGCCGGCCGGCGCUGCACAAUGUUUGACGGGGCGAACGGCA